AUGGACGAGGCUCCUAAAGGUCGUGGCGUGAGAGGACGCGGUGCUCGAGGCCGUGGUGGCAGAGCAAGAGGCCGUGGAGGCCGGGGCCGAGGUCGUGGUAUUCCGGCAGAUUCGCGAGAGAGUGUGGCGUCGAGUAUGGCGACUGCGUCGGUGACCCAGUUGGUAUCCGUGGCGAGUGAGGCCAGUGUGGAUGCCAUUGUUGGUUUGGGAGCGGGGGCUUCUCCGGGUGGGGGCGGUGCUCCGGCUCCGGAUCGUGACGACUUGGUGGUGGGGUUGCUGACACAGCUCUUGGCUCGUUUUCCGCCAGUGGUUCCACAGGGGCCUCCGGGAGUACCUCCAGUGGCAGGUGAUGCGGAGUCAGGUUUUACCAAACUCCUAGACCUCUGCAAGUGCACAGAUCGCGGAAGUAUGGGUAUCGAACACAAGGACUGGCUAUUGAGUACACUUUGUAACUAUGGAUUUUGGAUCAAGCUAAAACAAAAGUAUGAUUGA